AUGAGCAUCAGCUCAUCUAGACAUCAGGAUGUAAAAGUGGUAGUAGACACUUCAUUGGAACAUGAUGGCAAUCAGGAGUUAUUUCCCUGUGAAGUCUAUGGAGGACGCUUUGCAGCAGAUGUUCUGGAAAGACAUGGACCAAUAUGUAGAAAACUCUUGUACAAAAAGCAUAAACCUUUCAAUUCCUUGAAGCAAAGAUUACAAGGCUCUGACAUUCCUACUGUGAUGAAGGCUUCUCAGUGCAGGUCUCAAUCUGUGAGGAAAUCUAGCUGCAGGCAACAUCAGGGCUUCGUUAAUGCAUUUCAAUCAGCCAAGCAUACAUUGAGAGAAGUCAUGAGAGAAGGUCUGCCUCUUCCGCCUCCACCCCCUACUGGCAACCCAGAUUACAUUCAUUGCCCAUAUUGUAUGAAGAGGUUUAAUGAAACCAUUGCUAAGCAACAUAUUAAUUUCUGCAAGUAUCAGUCUUCUUGCCAUGUCUUUGAUCCAGCCCGGACAGUAGCCAAGUUAGCAUCCAGAGCUCAAAGCUAA